UUGCUUUGUUCUACUUUCCUGUAUUUAGACACCGCUGAAUUCUUGUCGUGCCUCGUCUGCCGGGUCGCUUACCUGCUCGCGACCGCAUGCCAGGGAUCUGAUUGGCUCCUCGCAGACGGCUCCACCUGACCCGCCACACCCUUUUUUUUUUUUUUUUUCUUUCCUCGGCUUCAGCGGAGGCAGGACGAACCGCCACAGAGAUGGGAUUGACACCCGCACCCGACUCACCUCCACUCGCCCGAUUCUCCGAGCCGUCUCCACCUUAAUGAACCACCCCCAGCGUCUUCCCUGUGCAAUGUCGACGGGUGACGCCUGGCGUGGCGCCAUUGCCUUGACUUCCUUGAGCAAUAAGGAGAGCACCGGAAGCUAUGACAGCGUCAUCAGCAUGAACUCCGACUAUAGUGAGGACAGCAUGGAGCACUUAUCUGCUGAGGAGAGGGCUUGCCUCAUGUAUCUGGAGCAGACCAUCGAGGCAUGCGAGGUGCAGGAGGACAGCGGACUAUCCAAUGAUGAACCAGAUUCGACACUCCUAGAGAAAAUGGAUUUUUCCAGAUUGAACCUUGAUUCCAGAACGGACCAGCGAUCUGAGUCCGUGCGCACACUGCUGGAUGGUUUACCGGUAGAGGAGACGCCUGAGUGCGGAACAUUAACGGAAGAAAAUGUAGCCGAGGAUUGCCUUUUGAAUCCAAACUGUGAAAGGAGCUCCACCACUGCAAGUGAAGCCAGCACAGAAGAUCUUAGACCUUCUGGGAAUCUCAUAUCAGGACCCCGUCUUCAGGUUCCUGGCUCAAUCACUGCUUGCGACAUCCCACUAGAUACAAACUCUGAGAGACUGUGGUUGCCGCCCAUUAACAACUCUCCAAACUUCAAUACUUUCAUUACUUCGGAGCUAGAUCUCGGUCUGAUUCCCCCUCCAUCUGACUUCAUGGAUAAUCCCGGACCUGAUGCAAAGCCCGGUCCUGAGCUUGCUUCAAUGCCCGAUUCAGAGCCUGAUCCAGAGGCGGACGGUGUUAAAGACCGGCGUCAAUCCAGAAGCGGCAGCAUCAGCAGGCCAGUAUCUGUUGACUUGAACCGGCUAUACCAGAGAGCCUUAGAGAAGAGACCUCCAAUUAGCCCCCCUGUUAAACAGAAGCGUACAGACAAGGUCCCGAUCAACGCUCAUCGGAAUCUCCCUGCCUUGGAGCCUCUUGUCCCAGCGAUCCUUCAUCCUGAAGCCACAGAGCCCAAGAACCCACGCAUUGUGGCCCCUUUGCCAGAAAGCCUUUCAGUCAACACGUCACACCAGACACAAACACCAGCACCUAAUUCACCCAUUAGGAACAGCGAUCAACAACUCUUUGACCACGAGAGAAUCCACCUUCAGGCGCUUCAGAAGCUUGGGCUGCUUAAAGGUUCUGGGGGCGAUUCGGACCCCGCUCAAAGUCAAGAGCUUACGCCACAAACUCGAAAGUCAUGGGCAGAUCUUCCCUAUCGAAGCAGUCAGUCACUUCUAAGUUCUUCCAAUCUAACUUCAUCAGCUAUCUCCGUAAGCGAUGCAUCCCCUAUUCCCUCCACUGGCUUCAAUACCCGAGCCAGACUUCUUUUGUCGGAUCGUGAACAAUUUCCUGUGAACAAUGAUUUAGCGAGUUCAGUUAAUACCCAGAAGAAAUCCCCCCCUCUCACACCUUCGGACCUGGUCAGGCAGUUAACCAAGGUCACCGGUGCGCAAUCACGUGCCGCGGAGCCCUCGGGCCAGCGCCUGAGCCGCCCCGUGGAUCAUCAGGAAAGAGUUAGCGUUGAGCAGUGCCUCAGUCACGCCGUUAGCCCGGACUUCCGGAGACGUGCCUCUUCCCACUUGGCCUUCCAGCACUCUCUGGACUCUCAGAAGCAGUCACAGUCGCAAGGUGUCAGUGUCCUGAUCUGCCCUCGGGAUGAAAAUGGAGUGGGCCGCCGUGAAGCCCUGAAGAAACUUGGACUGAUCAGGGACUAAGACAAACUUUUCGCCUGCUCAAAAUGCCACAAAGCUUCCACAUAAUGAACUGUAAAAAAUAUACACAGCCAUACAUCAUGUUCUGAUCCACAGGAAGGUGCUGAUUGACACCCUUGCACUUGCACUCUUUAUCUAUGUAUCGAUAUCCACUUCCAGCACCUUAUAACCCAAGACUUGAUGGUCAUCAGUGCCAACAUCCACUCGCAUCCGCUACUUUGAUCGCAAAGAUUCACACAAUUGCUCCCAAACCUGUCAGUCAGGCACUCGCGGGUUCAUAUUUAAAGGUCAAGUGUCAUCCCUAUCAACAUUCAAAAAUAGAUAAUGUAAUGAAAAAUACAUAUAACACUAUUCACUUCAAUGUCAGCACAAAAAAAUAAAUAUGAGCACAGAGCGCAUCAUCCAUGCGCAAAGUUGCGGAAGUGUCAUUCAACAUCCGAGUGGUCGCCAUAUUGGCUGCAUCUCCUGUCCGUGAUGUCACCCCGGUCAUUCGCCAUUGAAAAAACGCUGUGGCCCCUAACUGUGGGACACGAACACGACACGGAAGCUCUUUUCGAAGAAGAGAACAUCUCACAACCGAGUGAAGUGACCGGGGCAAUAUUACCCGAUCGUUAUGAGCCAUAUUUAGAUGAUAUAUGGAUCACGGCCAAACCGCCUCCUUGUCCGAUCCACUUCCGCGGCGGAUGCUGCGACGAGCCACACAUGCCACCCCGGCCGACAAUCCCGGCGGCCAGCUCGGUCUUCCUUGUCGGCCAGGGUGGCUCAUUUUCGGUGCCGAAGUGGCUUAUCACGGCACCGAUCUGGGCCGCUUUACGGCGUUGUCGUCGCACACGGCUGAGUGCGCCGUUGCCGCAGCGUUGUUCAUAGCUGCCACCAUCCGUGAGCCCCACGCGGCAGCCUUUGCCAAAGCCGUGACCGCCGGACGCGGCGCUUCGGCCAGGGUGGCUCAUUUUCGGCGCCGAGGUGGCUUAUUACGGCACCGAGCAGUUUUUGUCGCACGCGCACAUUGACAGAUUUACCACCCCAGUCAUACAUACGCGGAUCUUUUGUUACGUUAUGAGAGAUGGAUUACGUGGUCCAGCUACUGUCGCGCGGAUAAAAACUAAUAGAAACAAACGAGUCUGCUGGAGGGCACUCCUGCCCCAUACGUCACUUCCUGCUUCUCGUCAAAAACAAAUCCUUCGAGAGGAUUUUCACAGUGGGAGUUACAAAAAGCCGUAUACGUCAAAAUCAUGUUUUGUGGUGGAAAAAAAACGGAUGGGUCCAUACCGGCUGCCAUUUUUUUCAUUAAUAACAUACUAAAAAUAAUCCAUUUCAUGACACCUGAUCUUUAAAGUCGUUGGGCGCCUGUGGCUUAGCAGGUUAGAGGAGGUCGUUCUGGUUACCGAAGGGUUACUGGUAUGAAUCCGGGCUUACGACUGUCCCGCAUGUCAAAGUGUCCUUGGGCAAGAUACUGACUCCUAAUUGGCUCCCAGUUGGCACGGCAGCGGUUGACCAUGGGUGAAUAUGUGAGGCUUUGUAAAGCACUGCGACGGUGUAGUUAGCGCGCUAUUUACCAAGAAACUCCUUCCCUCGACCUUACAAAUGAAAUGAAGGCUGUUUGUUAUUCUUCUCUUUUCUCAAGUCGGUUUUUUUUCCCCGCUGUUCUCUGAUUUGGUUGACCGCAGGAAUUUUGGCAACCGGGAAUGGUUUGUAUUUUUAAGCUAAUGCGCUGAGGAUUUGGGAAGAGUACUGUAUAAAGGCGUCAAGAAAGCAAUAAAACGUUGUCCUGUUGCUUUGUAGCACAAGGGCAAAGGCAGGAGUCGCACGGGGUCACCAUUGUCAGACGUGGAGUUCGUGUAGUUUGCUCACGUCGAGUUACAUGGCCACGCAGUUUUGUCCUCAGCUCUGUGGCUGGCCUCAGAGGUGACGCGUAGCUAGAAGCGUGUUAUCUUAUUUUUCUGUUCAUUUGGAAUAUGACAUUGAGUGCGAUCAAAUCUCCGUGUGUGGAGGCACCGUUCCCUGGCUCGCCUCCAGCGCCGUUUUCUAAGGGGGAAGGUGUGAGAACCGGUGCGACCCGUUCUCAGAUUCUCGUGAUGGUGGCACAUUCACGCAAGCCGAGGGACUGUUUCCCUGAAUAGCACGCCUGAUGAGAAGUACACUCAAGUGUUCUGGGUUGAAGCGCGUGGGUUUGGACCACAUGGCUGCAAAGUAUUUAAAGGGAACUGAGCUUUGGAAACGAGUUGGGUUCUGUAUCUCUUCAGAGCAAGUUGCUGUGAAUUUGGUCUCGGGGCUUUUUCCAGAAAAAAAAAAGUUGGCCGCUAGAGGGCAGCCUUGUUUUAAACAUUCUUCGGUGUCACAAGACAGGAUAGGAAUAAUCAUGAUGGACAUCUGAUAAAUCUGGUGGCACGAUGGGCUCAGCUGGUAUAGCGUUGGCCUCACAGUUCUGAGGUCCCGGAUUCGAUCCCGGACUCGUCUGUGUGGAGUUUGCAUGUUUUCCCCGUGCUUGCAUGGGUUUCCUCCCACAUCCCAAAAAACACGCAACAUUAAUUGGACACUCUAAAUUGCCCAUAGGUGUGUGAAUGCGACUGUCUCAAUGUGUCCUGCGAUCGGCUGGCGACCAGUUCAGGGUGUACCCCGCCUCCUGCAUGUUGACAGCUGGGAUAGGCUCCAGCACUCUUCCCCCCUGACCCUCGUGAGGGUAAGUGGCAAUGAAAAUGGAUGGAUUUAAUAAAUCUACUAUAUAUAUAUAUAUAUUUCAUACAUAGCGAUCUUUACUAUCUGUCUGUCUGUCUGUCCGUCUACUUUCCUGUCGCAUGUGAAUUAACUUAUCUCGAAAAAAAAAAAUGCUGAUAUUCUUGUCGCUUUUUGAUUGCAGGGCAUCGUGUGAAGGCUUUUUUUUUUGUUUGUUUUUAACCCCCCCAACAUAACCAUGAACGUUUACUGUUCACAUCACAGAAAUUGUCACGGUAGUCUGUGGUAACAUUUGCAUGUAAAUCACGAAAAAACUUCAAGAGAGAAGUUAACAAAUUGGCCUCCUCAACAGCGGGAAAGUAAUUUCCCGGAUUAUUACUGCUGAGUAUUAAACGUGCGGUGAAACAAUGCAAAAAUUAAGUCAACAUAUCCAUUCACGUGGAUGGAAAGGGAACAUGUUUUUUUGUUGUUGUUUUUUUUCAAAGAGUUUUGCAGUUCUAUUUUAUUUUGUCUGCGCUUUUAGUACGGCCACAUUCUCCACUGGUGGGCAAGUUGCUGCAUGGUUGUGUUUACCACGGUGUCAUCGGGCCCCAAACGUAACCGUGUCUGGUGUUGUUGAGUUUCGAGAUGUGGUAAUACGGCGCGCUAGAAAAGGAGGGAAUUAAACACGGUCAGAAUCUCUGGUAUUUCAUGACGCACAGACAAACGCCCUCAGACGGCGUCUGCCCGAAAAUCCUCAGACUUUUCUUCGCUGGCAAAGGCCAUCAGAGCGGAUUAGCGCAGCCAAAGUGGCACAAAGCCAUUUCGGGGGCUCAAACGCGCCCGCGUCGAACAGUCGCUCAAAGCCGUGAAGUGGCUCUCGGACCUAAGAAUGCACGGUGCUAAAACGUUGGCCUCGCAGUUCUGAGGUCCCGGGUUCGAUCCCGGCCCCGCCUGUGUAGGUUUCCUCCUGGCGGGCACUCCGGUUUCCUCCCACAUCCCCCAAAACAUCCACCAUUGAUCAGACAGUCUAAAUUGCCCCAAGGUGUGAUUGUGAGUGCGACUGUUUGUCUCGAUGUGCCCUGCGAAUGGCUGGCGACCAGUUCAGCACCCCCCCCACCCCCCCGCCUCCUGCCCGUUGACAGCUGGGGUAGGCUCCAGCACACUCUGCGACACUUGUGAGGAUAAGCGGCAUAAGAAAAUGGAUGGAUGGAAAUGUACAUUGCAAUGACGUCUCUUGCCAAAUGACUUCAGACAGUAAUUGAUCAGCCAAUCACAGCCAAGUGAUUUUUUUUUUUUUUUAAACGUGCUGUGCUGCUGUUAAAACAUUGUCGUCCAUUUUGUGUUGUUUAGCUGGUCACAUCCAUAUUUUAAUGGGAAUCUCGUGAUGUCAUCAUUGAUUGAUUAUUUGGGGGGAUUUGCCGAAGAGCGCACUUAUUAUACUGUAUAUACUCAGCCAUGUUUAAAAAAAAUUAAGUUAUUCCUUUUUUUUUUUUUGCCUUGUCUGUAAUCCAACAUAAAGCUGUCAUUCUUUACCAUUUCUUUAUUAUUGAUAAUAAAAGAUAAUGAG